UCAACGACGGGCAGCUGGCGUGAACAGUUCGAAGUUCGCAGUUUGCAGUUGAAAACGGUUCCUCGGCUCGUCGAUGGUCGCGCGUUUGCUUUGGCGUGCCAUGAAGAAUUGAAAAUAAAAUUUUGAGAAAAAUUCAAAAUUUGUUUUUUCAAGCCAAAAAAACAACGCGAAGAAAUGCGACGCGACACGCGGCAAAAACUAACAGCUAAAUAAUUCAAAAUUAAUCAAAGCAACAAAAACAACAACAGCAAGAGAAAAUUAAAUAAUAACAACAACAAACAAAACGUGCAAGAAUAACCAGCUCUAAAAAAUACAUAUAACGAUCACCAAGUGAAGCGAGAGAACUUGAUUCUCAACAAAUCUCGGCUCUUAAACGCCCCCUAAAAAAGACACCAACAAACACCAAUACACACCAAUAUACACACCAUGCUUAUGCACACCACAUCGACAACAUCGACGGCCACGAUGACCAACUCAUCGUCAUCGGCCACGCCCACGCCGGGCUCAACGUCAUCGAACAACAGCGCCACAUUGGAGACGCUGCAGCAGCAGCAACAACAACAGCAACAGCAGCUGCAACAACAACUCCAGCAAUUGCAUACAACAACAACAACAACAACAACAUCAACAAAUAAUUCACGUCCCCCUUCACGAGCUCCCUCCAUACUGGACAGUCCAACGUUGGCGCGUGUGGAACGCGCUCGUCUUCGUCUCGAGCAGCAGGAGAGGGAGCGGGAACGCAGCAGUCAGCGCAGCAGUCAAAUGGGUGGAGGAGGAGGGGGAGGGGGAAGCAGCAGCGGCACAGGCAGCACAGCGACUACCAUGAAUCGCGAGGAUAGCCUGGAGCGCAGCAUAUUGGAUCCAAAGAAAGACGCGGCGCCCUGGCAUCAAAUGUGGACGCAUAUGAAACGCCUCUCGCACGCCUCAAAAGUCAACUCGACGAGCAGUCUGACAGCCCAGAAAACAGACGUGGGUGUUGGCCAUCAUCACCUGACAGCAGGCACAACAACCACAACAACAAUGACAACAAUUAAUGGUGGAACACCGAGAGGAACAAUGCCAGGGAAAUGCAUAUUAUUCCCGGAUAAGACGUCCUCCCUCAAAAGUUCCAUGUACACGCAACAGGUCUACUUCAGGCCCGAUAUGCAAUCUCUGUUGGCGGGUCGCAUUCCUGUGGCCUCCAUGACGGGUCCCAUUAAACGUGGUCUACUCUGGCAGCAGCGGGAUCGUCUCUUCUCGCGCUGGAAGGAGAGAUACUUUGUGCUCACCCGCGACUAUUUGCAUUGCUUUAAACGUGCCUCAGGAUCGGCCAAUGAACGUGCCUCGGAUAUGGGACAAUUUAUAUUUAAGGUCAAGCUGGUGGACGUGGAGAAGGUGGAAUGGCUCAAUCGGCGCUCGUACAGCGCCAUUGGGCUGCUGCUGGGACGCGAGGGUCGCGUGCUCUUGCGCUGUGACGAUGGCCUCGAGGAUUGGUUCGAGUUGCUGGAGGAAUGCACACUGACCUCCAAGGAGCGUCGUCGCGCUUUGAAGAUUGCACAGGGCCCGAGAUCACGUGCAUCUCUGGCGGCGCCCGUUUCUCAUGCCUCGCUGCAGUUCCAGCACUUUGGCCUGGGCAGCACCUACUCCAGUGCGCUGGAUGAUUGGCUGAUGACGAGUGGAGCCAGCGGUGGUGGUGGCUUGGCACGUCAUAAAAUUGGAGCUGGCAGUCUUAAUGGUUAUGCGGGCGCCAAUCCAUUUUUAUUCAGCGAUUCGGUGCCGGAUCUGAGUGCGUUAAAUAAUGAGAAUCACAAUCAUCAUUUGAGCGGCAUCUCAACGAAUCACUCGACACCGCAGAAGAUACCACAUCACAGCAAUGCCAAUCUCAGUCGCUAUUCCAAUGGUUAUGCAUCGGCUCAGAAUAGUUUUACCCAGGCUGGUAGCGGUGCUCUGUAUGGAUCACCACGUCGUAUAUUCAUCAACAGCAGCUUUGGCUCCAAUCAGGUGGUAGAUGAGGAGACCGCCGAGGAGGCAGAGGUUCAACUGCGUAGACCACGACUCUUCCGCGGCAUCAGUGCCACACCAGACAAUGGCAACGAACUGGACAGGGAUUGGCUCUAUCGCAAACCACGUGCGCCUACCGAUAUGCGUCAUUCAGUGCAACCCAUGCUGCCCACUCACAGCUCCAAUGGCGGCAGCAACGCUGGACUGGCCAAUAAAACGGAGCUGGACUGCUCGGCACAUGACAGUGGAUUGGAUACGCCGCCGUCGACACACCGUCCCUCAAGCUAUCGAGAGGCUGCCAGCCGUGAUAGCACCGAAACCAACGGCAGCUCCUCACGUGGCACGCUGCUUAACAACUCGCCCGGCGGCAGCUUCCGCGCCAAGAAGCUGAGCCCUCAGGUGACCAAUUUGAAUCAGUUGAAUUCAUUGCACGGCUCUCGCUACUCUGUGCAGGAUCAGCGCAUACUGAAGAUGCGCAACAACGAGGAGGAUCGUUGCGCCUCCAUCAAGCUGGCCAAUCGUCUGAAUCACAACCACAACCACGAACAGCAGCAGCAGCAACAGAACUCCUCCUCCGCCUAUGAUCCCAACCAGAAUCGAUACUAUAAGAAUGGCAAUGGCUCGUCGCCAAUUUCGUUGACACCACAGCAUACUCCACAGCAUAAAAUGAUGCACCACGGCAAUGGAAAUGGCAAUGGCACCCUCAAUGGUAAUGGUGGUCCUGCCAUGAACGGUUCUGCCAUAUUCCGAGAGCGCUAUCAGCAUCCAGUGCUGGCGGCCAUUAUCAACGAGGCACAGGGCUUAAAGUUUCGAGAACGUGCCUAUUCGGAUAGCCAGCAACGUCGUCUAAACAACAACAACAACGGGCCAACACCGGUGCCCGCCUCACCCUUGGCCCAGAGACGCAACAACGUCCCCAUUUUUGGAACGCCCACGCGUGUAUAGCGUUUAAAAGUCUAAGCAAAUGAUAUGUGAGGUCAUAGAACACUUAAAUAUGCAUUACCAUUAGUAAAUAAGUAGAUAAAUGUUUAAGUAAAAUCAUUAAAAAAUAGUCAACGGAUAAUACUUGAAUAAAGAACAGAACAUAAGGGAAUAAUAUAAUUAGUAGAUCAUUAAUGCAGCGACUUUAUUGAGCUUGGUUUUCACCAGAUGCCAGCUAUAUAUUAUAUUAAAUAUUAUAUAUAUAGAUUAAAUAUGUAGCUUAAAAGUAAAUGAAAUUCUCAAGUAGUUUUAGUGUGCUACAUUGUCCAGCUUUAUGUGAAACGUUAAAAUAAAAUAAAAUAUAAAACGGCCUCGGUCCAAAUUUCGAUAGCAAAUCAAUGCCCAUGUAUAUUCUUAAAAUGCUAAAUAAUUAUUUUUAAUUGGUGAGUCUUGUGUUGGUAAAAUUGAUUUAUAUCAGAGUUUCGGAAAGAGGCUGUAAAUAAAAUUCAAA